AAGACAAGCUUUUCGUCGUCGUCGACACUUAGCGUCUCUUCUCGUGUUCGAUGGGAAGACUAAAGGAGUCAAGUCCCGUGAUUCUCCUCUUCCUUAUAUUUCCUCUUCUUCUUCACCAAUCACUCACGAUGGUGUUGGGAGAAUCUGAAUCCACUAGAUCCGGUAGUAAUGAUGCUCCAGAGAUACAUUGUUCCCGAGAGAGAAGUAGAGCAGCUUGGCAGAUUAUACAAGAUUAUUUAACGCCGUUUGUGGAACGGGAAAAGUACAAGAUUCCAAGCACGUGCAGGCUCCAUCCUGAUAACGAUCUGUACAGGGAUCAAGAACAGCACAAAGUCCACGUGGAUGUAUACGAGUGGAAAUGCGGUUACUGCAGGAAGAGUUUCAACGAGGAGAAGUUUCUUGACCAGCACUUCGCCACUAGACAUCAUAAUCUUCUUCUGAAUACGACUGGUACAAAGUGUUUAGCGGAUCUGUGUGGUGCGUUGCAUUGCGAUUUUGUGUUGAGUUCUAGUUCUUCCAAGAAGGGUAAGAGCAAGUGUAACCCUGCAGCUGCUGCUAAAAACCGUCAUCUCUGCGAGAGUCUUGCUAAUACUUGUUUCCCGGUGAGUCAAGGUCCUGCCGCUAGUCGUCUUCAUGAACACUUUUUAAGACAAUUCUGUGAUGCUCAUACCUGCACUGGAAAAAACAAACCGUUUCCUAGAGGAGGCAAGAAGAAAUCGGGUGUGUUCUACCUAGCUGUAUCAAUACUGACAUUGAUGCUACUUCCACUCUUCUACCUGCUGGUCUUCUUACACCAAAGAGAAAAGAGAACUGGAACACAAGUGUUACGUCGGAUUGUAAAAACCGGAAAGAAAACAAAACCUUCGUAAAAUGGUCACCUUCUCAAUCAUUAGCUCGUUGAAUGUGCACAAACAGAGAGUUUCACUUUUGGGGUUAUGAAGCUCAGUUACUAUGGGGGUUCCAAAGACAAAUAUGAUACUUGUGUAAGCUUUGUAGAAACAGAUGAUUCAUUUUCACAGGAAUAGGAAUAGUGAUCUCUCUAUAAUCUUAUCAAAUCUUCAUACAUAUUAAUGAUAA